AUGGAGUAUACAGCCACCCUUGACCCCACCUCUCUAGACAAGGGUCCCCGGGCGUCAUCAGAGCCGGUCUACUCCGCAGUGCCGGAGCGGGUCAUCGCGCCCAAGCCGCGGGCCAGUUCCCUAGACACGACCCACAGCUCCAUCUCGCGGUCUGACGACCAGGACGCCUCCAUUGACCGGUCACGUGGCUGCUCUCUGGACCUGCUGUCUCCGGCAUCGGCCAGUCUCAGAACCGGAAGUAUGUGCUCCGGCAUGUCGUCCGUGUCCAGGUUGACGGAGUGCAGCGCUUACACGGAGCACAGCCGGUCAGACUGUGAGAAGAUCACCCGCCGCACGGCCGAACGUGAGCACAACAUCACUCGUCUUCUGGGCGUCAUCACCAUCAUCUUCGUCAUCAGCUGGUCCGUGUCCUGGGGCGUCAUCCUCUACAACACCCUCUCCGUACUUCCGGUGCCCGACUCGAGUCACGUGACGCUGAGCAUCGCGCGGGAUCUGUUCCUGGUCAACCACUUCUGCAACAUCGUGGUGUACGCAGUGCUGAGCAAGUCCUUCAGGGACAAGUUGAUGCAGUGCUGCCACAGUCUCAAGAUAUGCUACUAG